AAGGAGGUUACAACACAGUCUAACAUAAUUUGAACUUCUUCGUUGUCGUAAAGAGUAAUGUAGUCUUUGGGUAUUCGUAUCUUGCACGUUGAAAUAUCUUGUGUUUUGUAACAGUUUGUGGCCUAUGAACUAUGUGUUUACGUUUUAGAUUUGUGAGUUUACGCUGGCUGUUUAAAGAAUGAUUCGUAUGUUCUACCACUAUAUGAACACUAGAACUUCGUGGGUCUCUGUGUCGUGAAUUAUGCUGGUUGAAAGUUAAAUAACCCAAGCGAAUUAUUAUUUUUAUUAAAUUCUGAAAAUUUCUGCGGAAAAUAAUAAAAACGCCAAUGAAAACUAACUUAUUGAUUGGUAAAUAUGACUUUUCACAGCCACACAUCCGAGGACGUGAAGUCUCCUGUUACUUCUGAUGCAUCGCUUGCUGAUUAUGAGUCCCCACAGCUAGUGACAAAGUCUGUGGACGGUCUCGGUGAAUCAUAUGUGGUCAUUGCGGGUAGUAAACCAUUAUCAAUAAUCAUUAAAAAAUGUAUUUUGCAAAAUUCGAUUAGUGACUUUAAUAAUUUUACUUCAAGCAGUGAACAGCGUAGUGACAAUGGAAAUAACCAGCUUUCUGUGGAGGAAGAUAGAUAUUCACGGCAUUGUCUGGAAAUUGCGUGCCUUUCGAGUGAGGAAGCCACAGUUCCUUGCUUUAAAAGUUCUGAGCUACAUCUGGAUUCUAUUUCGAAAAGUAUUAAUGAGUGCGGCGCAAUCGCAGAUGGUAGUGCAAUAUGUGAAAUAGAUUGUGGUUUGGUAAAUGGGUCACAGAACUCAGACAUUCCCUCUGAUGCUACAUGUAGUCAGCAGGAAGACAACUACACACCUUUGUGCGACGUGAAUGAGCUCAAUUGUAAAAGAAACACAAUAAUCCAACUGGAAUCAAGUUCAGCGUGUUCGGCUACAGAAAAUUCCAUUGCUGAUGCUGGAGAACUGGAAAACGAGACUAAUGCUGAAACGUUAUGCACACCUGAUUCUGAAGUUUAUGUGAGGUCAGAGGAUACAAACGUAGUUACUGAAACAGAUUCGAAGAUGACUGCCACUGAGAUACAUUCAAAGGGAAGUGGGCUAUAUGGUACUGUGGAGGCAAUUCUCUUAGACGAAAAUGCAGUUUCUAGUUUGUCACCAACUUUUGCUUUUUAUGGCACUGUGGAAGGCAUGGCUGAUGUGAUAAUAUCUCAGGAUAAUAUUAAUGACAGAGAUGUGCUUAAUGACACACACAUUUCCUCUGCAGGUUCACCUGCGAGUCCAGUUUUGGGAAGUGCUUCGAAAGUUCAGAAAGGUAUACGGACAAGGAGGGGGGAAAACAGCUGCCACUUAAAAGUAAAAUGUAUUGAAAGGCUCCAUAAUGCUGCCAGUUGUGAUACUCCUCUGUGUUCGUACCAGAGAACUGUUUCACAUUGCUGUAGUGGGGAAGGUGGUGGAAUUGGGGAGCAUGAAACAGAUGGUGAAGCAGUCCAUCAAUCACUGCCAUCAGAUAGGCGAAACUUCUUAGAAAUUGGUGUGUUGAGUCUGCAAAAACAAAAAAUGCUAAAUAUUUUGGAAGAUAGCUGUCCAGAAACCACUGUGGAAUGUAAUAAAAGUGAGAGGGGUGAUGAAAAUAGCCCACAAAACAUUCAGGAAGGUGUUGAUGAUGGUUCUGUAAUUGGUGGAAAUGCGAGGAAAAAUGAUGAAGCUAUUUGCCAUCAAAAUAUAAUAAACUUUAGUGCUGGGUGUGAAAAUUUGAACUCAUUUAAAUCCUGCAGUGAUACUUCGUUAAUAUUAAAGAACUGUUUCCACAAUUCAGUAAGAUUACAUGAGGAUGAAAAAUUUUGUGCAUCUGACAUCUGUAGUAGUACUGUCCCAGGAGCAAACUCAAUUCUUGCAGGGAAUUUACACCAGGAAGGAGAAACAUUGUUGUUACAUGCUGGAGAAAUUGAAACUACACGAUCAAGUGUGUCUUUUAACACCAUUCAUUCGGAAGGCAGAAAUGUUCAUGCAAAUAAUGUCUGCAGCGUAACACCUGAUACUGAUAGAACUGUGGCAAAUUCUGACAUUAAGUUAUUAGCAGGUGAACAUGAGAAACACUCCUUCAUCAUUAGUGAUUGUGUUCAUGGACCACAAGAAAUUUCAAGCAGUGAGAUCUUAGAAAAUGGGUGCUUGGAAGAAAAAUAUGACAAAAAUCAGACAUCUCAAGUCAAAGAGAAGUGUAAUGACUUUAAAGUUCCAAUGGAAGAUCACAGUCAGCUGGACUGCCACUCACAGAAUGAUAGAUUUCCAGAAAACUUGCUGACAGGCAUGUGUCCAGCAUCAGACAUGGUUCCUGAUCAAGAUGACGAGGAGUCCAGUGAAAAGUGUAACAAGACAUACAUUCGAGAUAAUGAGGACAGUUGUACCCAUAGUGACAGUGUAUUCGAAGACUUUUGCUUUGAUUCAGUUAAAGAAUUUGACAAUGAUUAUUUUGACCAGCUUCUGGACAGUCCAGUCAUAGAUACAUCAAAAGUAGGUGAUAGGGCUCGAUAUCUAUCAGUGUGUGACAGUUCAUCGUCAGAUCCAAAAGGUGGUCCUGUGAGAAAUGAUUUGCAAAUGGAUGUUGGUGAUAGUGUCAAUUGUAGUGAUAACACUCUGCAGGAACCAAAUUUUAUACUCCCGGAGGACAGUCUGAAUGAUUCUGUGACUAUAGAAAGGACUUUCAAUAGCACAAAUCAGUUGGAAAAUUCACCACUUCUGUUUGCAUCAGAUGAUGAAAGUUCAGGCAGCCAAUGGGAAGGCACAGAAGCAGCUUUGAAAGAAAAUAAAUCGCCAUCAAGAACUGUAACACCUGUAACAAUGCACAGUACUAUUAUUGAAGCCUUGCAUAGUAAGCUUCAGAAAAUACAAGAGUUACUUCUUGGGAUUCCUCCACCACCAUCAAUCACAAUGCCUAACCACACAGUUGAAGAAAUGCUAAGACUGGUCAAGCAGAAUGAGCAUCUGAUGGUACAGAAGUCAUUUACAAAUAAUGGAAACAUGCCAGAAUCACGUGAUCCGAAAAGAACAAACGGUGCCCUCAGAGAUGUGUUGAAUACCAGUUGGCCACAAGUAAAAGAUUGUGCUUUCUUUGAUAUACAGUACAAUCACGGUGCUGUAUCCGAAGAACUAGAUCGGCAGUAUCAGAGACUUCAGGAACGCUUUGUGGGACGCGAAACUGCAUCCAGUUGCAAUCCAUGGUUUACAACAUGGAAUGCAAGCAAAAGCUCAGUAAGAUACCAGCGAAGUCUUGGACAGUCUCCUGGAAGCCGGUUGAGUCAUCUUGCUCGCCGUCGACAGUCAUUCUCUUCGUGCAAUUUGCAGCCUGCCAGUAUUUCAGGAAAAUUGCCCGGAGUUAUGCACAGGAGUGCAAUAGAGCGUCGUGUUAUUAUGGUAGAUGCAAAGAAAGAAGAGAAACAACAGAAACAUAAAAUUAAUAAUCGCCGACUCCAGAGAAACACAAUCUGUAUAGGAGAAGAUGAUAGCAGGUUAAGAAGUUCAAGGAGAGCGCUCUUCCAGAGCCCAGUUGAUGACAAGAAAGUUUCUUCUUAUUUAAAACCCAGAACAGAAUCCAAUAAUACGAAAACAGAUGCUUGGGGAGGAACGACAAAGCUUGCAGAAAACAGAAGUCGCAAUCUUAAUGAAAAUUUCAAUAUAAAUGGAAAAAGAGUGAUGUCUGAUUCACAAUCCCAUCCAAGAAAGAUUUCACGUAGACUGGUCUUUGAUGCCUCUCAGCCAGUGGGGCAUUCCUUAUCACAUAAUGCAGAAUUUAACCGACACUCAUCAGUGAGCAGACAGCUGUCAGAAAAGAAGUCAAAUUCGUCUUACGUUAAUGGAAGCCAUAGAAGCCAAGUAUUUACACAGCCACUUUCUUCAAGUCAAGCAGCAUCAAAGAGUAGAAUAAGUGGCACAUACAAGAAGAAAUUAUUGUGGGCUGUGGCUGAGGCUCUGAGGAGAAAGGGCAUCACAAUGACUCACCAUCUUUUCCAUCCUUGUGCGUCAUCACUGACAAGGCUUCUUUUAAAGGUUGUAGGCAACACAUUACUUGUACAGUCCAGAGAAGAUACUUGUAAGACAACUAGUGAGCAGUUAUUAGAAACUGCACUGCAGCAUGUACAUACUGUUGUUCAGAAAACAGAAGCUGGCUGCAGUUAAUGAUUGUAAAAUCUGUUAAAUUAUAUUAAUUUUUAUCCAUAUUUGAACUGACUUACCUGCAAAGUGAGAUGCCUUAUUCACUGUAUUUGAUGCAGAAACUGACAGUUUUAAUGGAGUGUGAUAUCAUAUUUCCAGCUGCAUCUCAUUUUGACACCUCAUGUAUUGAAAUAUGUGUACAGCUCUCUCCAGAAUGUGUGUGUGUGUGUGUGUGUGUGUGUGUGUGUGUGUGUGUGUGUGUGUGUGUGUGCGCGUGCAGCAUACAUAGUUAUGCUUGUUGAAAUGCAUGCAGAUUCCAAAUUUGCAUGUUUGUGCGUUUGUCAGAAUAUUUAACGAUCUCAUGAAAUUGUCUUCAGGGAAGUACAGCAAUGAUUGUGUUCAUAGUCCCUCCAGUGUAAAAUACAAAUAUUUUUACUAUAUAUUGUUUAUUUGUUGAAAUGAAAUGUAUUUAGAAUUCAUAUGUUCACCUGAAAAUUGAACCGAACUUCUAAUUACCAUGUUAUACAUUGUGUUGUGUGUGAUGUCAGUAGGUGUUCAGUUGUUUUGUUAUGAUCAAUGUGUGCAUCUGGUAGUGUGUUGAGAGGUUAUAACAGCCAAAGACUCAGUUAAAAAUUGUGUUCAUUAGUCAAUUACUGUUCCCUCUUUUAAAAAUAAAAUGACAAGAUUUUUGUAUGCCUAUAUGAGAUAUAUCUUUUAUAUUUAACUCAGCAGAAGGGUUUUAAACUAGCAGUUAUCUUUUUAAGAAAACACUGAAGAGUUGUGGUAACAUUGAGGCCUUAUUUUGUGUACAGAUAUAAAACUGAUUUUACUAGCCAACUUGAAAUAAAAUAUUUUUAUACUGUGAACAUA